UUGUACAAGUGUACUUUAUAAACUGAGCAAUAAAAGGCAGCGUAUCAUGUGUCAGUUGAAGCAGUUAAAAUCUGUUUAAUAUUUAAAAAUAUAAAAGAUAUGGCUGAAUAUUUACACGUACAAAAGUUAAUUAAAACGCUCACAUUGCCCAUGGAAGGGUAACAUGCUAUACAGUGGCUACACGGUUAAGAUGAAAUAUGACUCAUUAAUAAAGGAGUAUUAACUAUGGCUAUUUCUUCGUAAGAAACACAAUAUAACGUUUUUCUAGAACUGUGUUAAUGGCAUGCAUAAAAUAGAACAUCACCCUGCUUUUUCUCUGUUCCCUGUUCUUAUUAUGUGCUGUCACUUUGGACAGUUGUUCUAAGGCUACCGCCUUGAGAUGAGGUAUGUGAUUGGAAGCAAUUUUGAUUUAAAAAACAAUAUGAUCUUCACACUGUAUUACAGAUGUAUUUUGACUGCAGUUAUAAUGUGCACUAUAUGUGAGACGGCGACAGUGCAGAAGGACAGCGGAUGUGGCACGACUGUCGGGUGUUUUCACGAUUGCUCGGGUGACACGUGCAGCUUUCUACUGACGUGGCUAGAAAAUGGCGACGACAUUGAUAUGACAUUUUCCUGUGCUAGAAGUGAAACUGAUCCUUAUUGCGCGAUCGGCCUCUCCAGUAACACAAAGAUGGGCGAUGAUAGUGUGUUUGAAUGUUUAUCAACUAGUGGCACAGCCCAGGUUUAUGUCUCGUACAAUUCCGGCUACAGCAACAGCAGACUUGAUCAGAAUCAGUACGGGUUAUCAAGUAUCACCACAUCCUACAGUAACGGACUCCUGACCUGUAACUUCAAGAGGAAGAAGACUUUCACCCUGGCAGCAGGCCGCAAGAAACGUGCCGCCACUAGUUCAUCCACGUAUUUUGACAUGAAUUCAGAUUGGUACCUUUUGUAUGCAUACGGAACUAACUCCGGAGGAACUAUCGGCAAGCACACGUCCGCGCCACUGGUUUCCACAGUGACGGCAGACUUCCAGAGUGUAGAAGAUAUCAGUGCUACAGCUAUAAAGCGACCUCUUAUAAAGGCUCAUGGUAUUUUGAUGGUGUUUGCUUGGGUACUGUUCUCGACACUGGGGAUAUUUACGGCGCGGUUAUAUAAAACAGCUUGGCCAGAACAAGUAGAAUGGAUGGGCGCCAAACCCUGGUUUGUUAUCCACAGAGUUUGUAUGAUUAGCGGAUUGGUCCUGACAUUGAUCUCCUUCAUCAUGAUUUUUGUUGAUGUUGGUAAAUAUGUAGAGAUCACUGGUUCUACAUUCAAGAAGUCUCAUCCUGUCCUCGGGAUUAUUGUCAUGUGCUUAGUUGUGAUAAAUCCGGUGAUGGCAAUAUUUAGGCCGAAACCAGGGACUUCGAAGCGAAUCAUAUUCAGAGUGGCACAUACUCUUGUCGGGGUAGCGGGACAGACCAUGGCAAUUGUAAAUUUGUUUUCGGGGACCGUUCUGGACGCUAUUGAAAUUUCAUCAGGAGCAAGAAUAGCGUUAGGGAUUUAUUGUGGCUGGAUAUUUGCUGUCGAGAUUGGACUUUUUAUCUACGACUAUAUAAUAUGUAAUAAAGGUAAAGGUAAAAUAAAGGUUAAACAUGAACUUCGAAGUUCCAGAGGAGACUUGCAAGAGAAUGAUGACAAAAAGGGUGAGUACAAUAAGCUGAAGAUGGUCGUUCUAGUUGUACAUAUACUGGCGUUGUCAGCAUUUUCUAUAGCUGUGUCCGCUGUUAUAGGGUCGGCAGAAUAAAAGCAGAAAGUAUGUGCCCUCUUGCAAACGUCUCCUGACUCAGUAUAGCUCUCAGACAGCAUAACAUCGACAACGAAAUUGUGAUGGUUAUGUGUUUAAGAUACCAGCAAUGUGGAUGUGUGUUUUACAAACAUAUACGGAACAAAAUCUGUUUGUUAUUUUCUUUUCCAUUUUAUAUGCAUCAUGUUUCUCACAGUUACUCUUGCAGUGUUUGUUUAUCAAUUAAAUUAUCUGCCAAAUUUGCUCAGUUUGCUUGUGUAGAUAUCAAUCUUCUUAUCCAGGUUUUUAAACUUUGAAUAAACACUUAACAUUA